AUGGGGCAUGUUAUUGACACUACCGAGGUCGAAAGAACCAAAGUGACAUCAAACCAUCACAUCGAGCCAAGCGCGCAGGACAACACUGGCUCAUCAGUAGUCUCCCAACUUAGCAAUGACUACGCCUCGCUCCCAUCACAUACUCCCGGGCCAUGCCUAUCGUGCAGACAGGGAAGCCAGUCUUCUCCUGUCAACGUUCAGAAAUUCGCCAACCCUGCUCCCCUAGGUCUUUGUGCAUUUGCACUCACGUGUUUUAUCUCGAGUUGUAUUAGCCUCAAUGUGAGAGGUAUACAAGCAGCAGGGGUCAGUGUUUCCUUGGCUUUGAACUAUGGCGGCAUAGCGCAGGUGUUGGCUGGCAUGUGGGAAAUGGCGAUUGGAAAUACUUUCGGCGCGACGUCUUUCUGUUCUUACGGUGCCUAUUGGAUCACAUUUUCUCUAAUCUCGACUUUUGAUACUCCCAAUGCUACGAAAGAUACAGCGGAUUUGGUCUGCCAGAACGAAACUUUGAUGGGUCUGUUUAUGCUGGCCUGGUUUAUUUUCACUACACUGAUGCUCUUAUGCACUCUCAAAUCUAGUCUUGCGAUGUUCUCUUUGUUCUUUUUCCUAGACAUGAACUAUCUCCUACUCGGCGUUGCGCACAUUCAAUGCAGCUCCCAUGGUGCGAUCCCGAUUGCAGUUCAGAAGGCAGGUGGUGCUUUUGGCAUUCUGGCGGCGUUUUCGGCUUGGUAUAAUGCAUUCGCUGGUAUUUAUAAUCCCAAUAACGGGUUUUUCAUAGUUCCCCUUGGUCACUUCCCUUGGUCUCCGGCUAUCCACAUUCAUCGGGCUAAGGCUAAAGAGGUGUGA